GAAAGCUAGCUCAAGGCACAGGGGGGCGAACCACUGGUGCUCCGAAAGGACGACCUAAGUAACGAUUUGACAGAUUUUACCGAAAGCAAGACAUUUUACUCGUAAAGGUCGUGUAUAAAUCGCGAGGGGCGAAGGUGAAGGUCGAGACACCAGCCCAACCAAACUGAACCAGGCCACAGUGUCAAACAUCAGACAGACGACAGCCCUGCACACAGACGCUAUGGAUCGUUCACCUACCACCUCCAGCCUGAUGGCCAGCAGCAACGUCACCAACAAGACCGACCCACGCUCCCUCAACUCCAGGGUCUUCAUCGGCAACCUCAACACCCUGCUGGUCACCAAGGCGGACGUCGAGGCCAUCUUCUCCAAGUAUGGCAAGAUCGUAGGCUGCUCUGUCCACAAGGGCUACGCCUUUGUUCAGUACUCCAACGAGAGGAACGCCCGGGCUGCCGUCACUGGAGAGGAUGGGAGGAUGAUUGUCGGACAAGUGCUUGACAUCAACCUGGCUGGAGAACCCAAACCACACAGGUCAAAAACCACCAAACGCUCAGCUGGAGACAUGUACAGCAGCAGCUCUUCAUUUGACCUCGACUACGACUUUCAAAGAGAUUAUUAUGACAGAAUGUACUCGUACCCGUCCCGCGUCCCCGCUCCCCCUCCACCGUUGUCGCGGGCCGUGAUCCCAUCCAAGCGCCCCCGGGUCAGCCUCAGCGGAGGAAGCAGCCGACGAACCAAAAGCAGCUUCUCUUCUUCCAAGAGCAGCCAGAGGACUUCAUCCAGAACAAUGAAAGUGGAUGAGCUGCAGACCAUCAAGCGGGAGUUGACCCAAAUCAAAAGCAAAGUGGACGACCUGCUGGAGAGCCUGGAGCGCAUGGAGAAGGACCACAGCAAGAAGUCGGAAGCUAAGAGCACAAAAACUGAGCCAGGAGAGGUGACCUCACCACCACACCCAAGCAACAAGAAGGACGACGGGAUAAAGAGGGACAGGGAGAGCCAGGAGAUGAACGACUCGGAUGAGGAGGAUGAUGAAGAGGAGGGAGACCUGCUGGAGGAGGAAGAGGUGAAGAGUCAAGAGAGGGAGGAAGAGGAAGAGGAGGAGGAGGAAGGAGAGCACGUGGAAGGUGACGAUGAUGCUGACAGUGUCAACGGUGAAGAGGACUCGUAGGCUCAGACCACACCGACGCAUGCAGCGUACACACAGCUUCCAGUAGGAACUCGGACUCUGUUUUAACACUCAUAUUGUAGAUACGAAAAGCAAACGUGCGCACACACACACACACACACACACACACACACACAGACACACAAGCAUGGUGCACACACAUUGUUGUUCCAUUGUCCCUAAAGCCGAUAUUUUUUUUUUUUUUCUUUUUGUUUUGUUUUGUUUAUUACUUUGGCCAGUUGUCCAGUAUCACUGUAACAGGAAUAAUUAGCUGUAGGUUUCGGUUUGUGUUUUUACUGCGUCGUUACUUGUCUUCAGGAGACGGCAGAAACAUGGACUGUUGAUGUUCUCAGAGACGACAGCUCGACGGACAUGUCUUAAUGCGAGGACGGAAAUUCAACUACAAAAUACCGUUUUUAGGUUCAAUGUGUUUGUUUUCCUCAUCAGUGAGUUUGUUUGACCUUGUGUGUCUGUACGUUAAUGUCAGUUUUUUAUACUAUUCAGUUUGAGUUUAACUGUAAAGGAAUAAAUUGCAAUAAAAUAUUAAAAUUGGA